CGCUGCCGAGUCUUCCAGCUGAUGCGUCAGCUGAUCCCAAGUUCUUUCCUCUCCUCUUCUCGAGUGACGGCAGGCGUAUUUGUGCGCCUACAAUUCUUAUCAUUUCUGGUAUUGUUGCGCCGCGAGCAACAACAGUGCAGCUCUAUUACUAAGGAGAAGUUCUGCGAGGGUUGCUGAUUGGCUGAUACUAGCUGUUCCUGGUCCUGGCAUUGAGUAGCGGCUGCGCGUGUGGAAUUCUCUUCUCAUCGCAUCCUUCUUGAAAUCCUCGUGCCCCAAGAGUGCAUGUAUCAUUGUCGCUUUUGUGAUCAUGUUACGAAUUCUCUGCCCACCCACCUGGACCAUCGUCAAUUUCAUCUUUCCCAUUUCCGGAAUUUUCACUGUGGCUAUGAAGGGUGCAGGAAUUUCUUCGCAACUGAACACAGCCUUCAUGUGCAUCUCAACCGCUCCCAUGGUGUUCUCCAGAGACGAAGCAACAUAACCAGCGCACAAGCUGUUGCCAACGAAUGGGGCUGAAAAUGGGGGUCUUCACUGUCAGAGGACGGGCAGCACAUCCCAAAGUACUGAUCGCCAAGUCCACCUUAUCUGAUCUGACAACAGCUGCAGCGCUGAAACUCAAGUUGCCAACUGCUACAUACCAAGUGUUUCUUGAGAGGAAUGGCGCUCUUAUUGAUGAGGAUGAACUAUUGAGUGCACUGGGUGAGGCGGACUUGGUUGUGCUACCAGAGGGUGAGGACUUCGCCUCUCUAUCAGCACCAGCUGUGCACCUGAAUCCGCUGAGCCCACUGACUCCGACACAACAUCACUCACCAAAUACAUCCCAGUCAGCUUUUUCACACUCAACUCCUAACAUGAGACAGUCAGGAUCACUGAUUUCAUCUUCUAUUACCUCUUUUCCGUGGUCAGCUGUACAAGAUAUGGAAAGGAAACUUCAGAGUGGCACAGCAAACGUCACCAAAGACAGGAAACUGCUUAUUCAUGAAUUGGCUGCAUACAUGGACAGCAAGAAAGACUAUACCAGAGGUACCUGUAGUUUCUUGACCAAAGAACUAUAUUCAAGAUUUUCUGAUGCAUUCCCAAUUGUUGAUGCGGAUGGCGUGAAACUUAGCUCAGGCAAGGUUGAGUUUUUGGCAUCUUUGUACGAGAGGGUCAACUUUGUUAAGCCCAAGCAGCUAAAGGAGAAGAAAAGGAAACGUAGCCUUGAAAAAGAAAAUGAUGAAGAAGAUUUCUUCCUUAGAACUUAUUCUCACCAGAAAAAUGAAAAAUUCGACUCUUAUGGCUGCGUUGCAUGGCAGCCAACUUUGUCUUAUGAAGAAUCUGAAGAGGACCAAGAAAAUAUGAGGAAAGAACUAAUUGAAUUAAAUGAAACUGAUACUUAUUCUGCAAGAGUUGGACCUUUAAUGGAAAAGAGUUACUUCCUCCAGAGAAGUCACAUCAACAACAGAACUGCUGAACUUAAGCCUGUUCUCAAAUUGUGGCCCUUUUUAUAUACUCCAUGUUUUCUUCUUAAGCAUGCUGAUAUGUUAUUGGGGAAAGAUGUUCGGAGUGUCUUUGAGAGAACUGUAGAGACUCGAGGAAUUUUAAUCUACAGGCUUAUGAAAAGCCAUGUAGUUACCAAAACUACCAAACGGCUUGUGGAAAUGAAGGCUCUCAUUGACAAAGCAGAGGAGGCAGGAUCAAACCUUCGCUCUAAUGUACCUUUCACAUUAGCCGCCUUCGUGUUGGUCAUCCUUCAUUUUCAGGAGGACAUGGAUUCCGUGCUGCGAGUUGUUGAUCCUGGAACUUCACAAGCCGAUUUGGAAGCAAUUGAUUCAGACAGGCCUAUUUUGAUAGUGAAAGGACGGUCUCUCUUUGAUGAAUCCGCUACGGCCCAAAUUCUCUGUGAGAAUAGCAUCCUCAUUAGAGAAUCAUCUGCCGCUAAGGGCUUUUUGUAUUUAAUCAUAUGCUACUAUGCAUAUAAUUAUAAUUAUGCUUCUGAGGCCCAAGGGUUUUUGGAAUUUCUCCAAAGGUUCUACUUGAAAAUUAACCCCGAGUCUGGACACAAGAGGGGACCAAAGGCGAAGAAAGGAACGGUAGUCCACCCUAAAGUUCGUAAACUGAUCUGCCAAAUUGCCCUAACUGCAUCAGCAACAGAAAAUAGUAUUGUGUCAUAAACUUUGUUUUUUAACUUGCAUGAAUUGUUUUUUGAAAUUUUCGUGAAUUUUUUUAAAAAUCAGCAACAGUAGUAUUGUGUCAAUCAAACUUGUUUUAUAAAUAGUAUGAAUUGUUUUUUAAAAUUUUCAUGACUUUGUCAUUAAAUUUAAUAUUUCAACUUCAA